GAGCGCAACGCGAGCGCCCGCCUAGCCGAGCCGAACCGCGCCGCACGCGCGCCCGUCCCGGUCCCUGUCCCCUGCGGCCGCAGCCGCCAACGCCGCCCGGACUGGACCGCUGACAUUACUGCACUCGCGGGGCUCACGGCAGCCGGGAUCUGGGCCUUUAUUUCUCACCGGCAGCGUUCAGCACCGCGCCUCGCAAAGCCAAACACCAGAGCACCCUAGAAGGUUUAACUAAAAGAAUGCUCAUGUUUGACCCAGUGCCUGUCAAGCAAGAGGCGAUGGACCCUGUCUCGGUGUCCUACCCAUCUAAUUACAUGGAGCCCAUGAAGCCCAACAAGUAUGGGGUCAUUUACUCCACGCCGUUACCCGAUAAGUUCUUUCAGACCCCAGAGGGACUGUCACACGGAAUACAGAUGGAGCCCGUGGACCUCACGGUGAACAAGCGGGGUUCGCCACCCUCGGCUGGGAAUUCUCCUUCUUCGCUCAAGUUCCCGUCCUCUCACAGGAGGGCGUCCCCUGGGCUGAGCAUGCCUUCUUCUAGCCCGCCCAUCAAAAAGUACUCACCCCCUUCCCCAGGCGUGCAGCCCUUCAGUGUGCCGCUGUCCAUGCCGCCAGUGAUGGCAGCUGCCCUCUCUCGGCACGGAAUCCGGAGCCCGGGCAUUCUGCCCGUCAUCCAACCAGUCGUGGUGCAGCCCGUCCCCUUCAUGUACACCAGCCACCUCCAGCAGCCGCUCAUGGUCUCCUUGUCGGAAGAGAUGGAAAAUUCAAACAGUAGCAUGCAAGUACCUGUAAUUGAAUCAUAUGAGAAGCCCAUAUUACAGAAAAAAAUUAAAAUUGAACCUGGGAUUGAACCACAGAGAACAGAUUAUUAUCCCGAAGAAAUGUCACCACCCCCUUUAAUGAACUCGGUGUCCCCCCCUCAAGCAUUGUUGCAAGAGAAUCACCCCUCAGUCAUAGUGCAGCCUGGGAAGAGACCUUUACCUGUGGAAUCUCCAGAUACCCAAAGGAAGCGGAGGAUACACAGAUGCGAUUAUGAUGGAUGCAACAAAGUGUACACUAAAAGCUCCCACUUGAAAGCACACAGACGAACACAUACAGGAGAAAAACCCUACAAAUGUACAUGGGAAGGAUGCACAUGGAAGUUUGCUCGGUCUGAUGAACUAACAAGACAUUUCCGCAAACAUACUGGAAUCAAACCUUUCCAGUGCCCAGACUGUGACCGCAGCUUCUCCCGUUCUGAUCACCUUGCCCUACAUAGGAAACGCCACAUGUUAGUCUGAAAGCCUCCGUCUCCGCCUCAUUGUGACUCCCCACUCUCCUGGCUCUCUCUUGUCCUCCCUCCCAUUAUCUAACUCAUUUUUUACAUGUACAUUUUAAUUUUGAUUCAGCUGGUCUGAAUCUCUGAAUUUAUAUCAUUCAAAACUUCCAUAUGGUCAGUAGUCGAUACUCUCUAAUCCUCCCUCUCCUUACCACGGGUCAGACCUAAAGAAUGUGAACACUUUUUUUUUUUCCGGGGAUGCUAAGCAAACCCUUCUUACGUUUAAUGUAAUGAGAACAAGGGAACAUGUAAACUAACAUACCAAUUGUCGGUUUCUCCAUGUAUUCCUCAAAGAAUGUCAAAGUAAAUGUGUUAGAAAUACAGUAUCAAGCCUGCUAGUCCUUGCCAGAGACAUCCGUACCUCUCUGCCUGGUGAUCCCAUUUUAUGCUUGACAGCAAAGAGAAGGGUGGCCCCAAUCACCAGUUAUAGGAGGAUAUGCAGCAAGAUGUCACACGAGCCCAGUCAACUCUGCCAUUGUCCUUCACACAUCUUCCGUGUGGACCUGGAUUAUUGUCACUUCUAAAUCAAUGCCCUCUUGUAUGCCGGAAGCUACGUGGAGGGCUGUGCCACCAUUGGGUGAUGAGCCAGGGCUGCCAAAUUAGGUGGGUGAUAUGUGACAGCUCAAGACAUGGGAUACUGCUGUGCCUUGUAACAGCAAGCAGUAGAAGCAGAGGAGCAUUGAGGGGAGAUGCAGGGUGCAAAGCGGGAAGUGGGCAGUUCCUCCUGAGCUAGGGCCUGUCAGUGAGGUGUCCAGAUUUGGUCAGCUGUGCCGUGCAUCUGCAGAGUGCAGAACCAUGCUGCAAAACCAGGUGCCUGUGGGGUUAUCCACACAACUGUCUCCAUUCCUCUACAAUAUCCUUUGGAUGGUCAAGUUUGAGAGUAAGGAAUCCACAGAAAUAUUUGCCCAGUAAUGAUUUAAAAAAAAAAAAUCUUUUGGGUAAGGGUAUGAAUGGUCUUUCUUUUAUCUAACUUACUUAUAGCUUUUUUGCAUACAGGGAAACAUUGAGUGGUACUUGUAUUCCCCUGUCAAAUCAGUCGCAUAGCUUUCAGUGUGAGCUGGGAGGUGCCAGACUGGCUGUCCUUUGUGUUCAUGGCACAUAUCAUAAGUGAGCAUCUGCUAAGGCUUUAGGAGAUUGAUUCAGUUAACACGUGAGUGACACUAUUUGUAAGAAUAACUAGUUGUGAAGCACACAUACCUUCAUUUUAGGAACAGACUUUUGAAAAAUAUAGAAAACCACAGUUCAGGGAUUUAUAUAUGUAGCUUGAAAAUUCCCAAAAGUUUACUGUCAGAACUAAGAGUUUCCCAUCACUAUCCAUGAUCCUGUCAGAAGAAGAAACUGAAAAUAAUGACUCGUCUUUAAGAGAAAUAGCACCAUUAUCGGAAAGUUUUUCAAAAGCAGGCUUUUGAGUACCACAGUCCAGUAAAAAUAAUUGAUAAUGUAGAAAUGUCAUUAGUCUUCAAUCUGAAGAAAAUGAGCAAAGGUUGUCAAUAUGGUUGCAUAACCAAAUGCCCCUUCAUCCCUCCAUGAAGGAUGGAGGAGGAGAAGAGAGAAGAAUGGAAUCCUGAAGAUUCAUCCCUGCCACAGCUCAGGAUCCAACACAAUCUAAACUGGGAGGAAUACAUAACUGUUUUAAAACAUUGAAUGAAUGAUUCUGGAGGCCUGCAAAUCACCCGGGGAGCUUACUUUGGUGGCGCUGUUUAAGUUAGCUGUAGGGCCGGCACCCCUGUCAGCCCUGUGAACCAGCUGGAAGGAAAUGUAGAUGAGAAACGCAAAGAAAUUUGUUUAUCUUGGCACUUGGAUUUCUUUUCUUUCAGCACUGCAAAAUGUUUAGAAUAUUACAACAUGCUAAUCGGGGAUUUUGUUUGUUUGUUUUCUUUUUUUUGCAAUUAUGAAAUGAACUAAGGAACAGAAAUAACUUCUUUUCUAGCAGUAUCAUCUGUAUUGUCAAUGCUUAGUCACAUUUAUCCAGAGUGUUCAUGUCUUGAAGUGGUUUUUCAACAAUACACUGAAGAAUUGAGAGGGAUUUUUUUAUUGUAGGGAAGAUCACCAGCUUGUGUUCCAGCCCAUAUAAGCGGGGAAAGGAGACAAGAAAGGGUAGAAUUGAUCUGUGAAACAGCUCAAAGUCUGAGUGCAGUUAAUAGAAGGCUUCAUGGGUUCUCAUGAAAUUUGAUGUCUGCUACAGCAUAUUUAAGUUUUGUUCAGAAGACUGUAUUAUGUUACUAUGCAGCUUGCUUCGAUCUUUGUUAAUAGUUCAUUAACAAAGAUCCAUUUUCACUCUGAAAGAAAAGCAGCUCAGAGUGGCCAUUCUCUGUUCCCAUGCUGGUUUGAUAUUCUUUAGAUGCCAUUGGCCCUUACCAAAUUUUCUUAUAUAUAUAUUUGUAUUUUACUAUGAUAGUUGAGAAAUUUAGUCUCUUAGUCAUUUAGCUAUUAUUGUGGAAGACCUCAGAUAUGAGAUAAGAUGCCCUUGAAACAUGGUUUGUUUUUUUUUUAAUGAUUCGCCAUGUUAUUCUCAAUCAUUAUUUAAUUGCAAUAUUUUAAUUUGGUGAGAAUGAUUUGUAAACAUGAAGUCGUUGUCAUGUAAAUUGUUAGUUUAUUCAAUUAUUGCUCAAGUGUCAUCUUGGAGAAGUCAUAAAAGUUAAAUCAGAAUCCAUCAUAUUAGAGUUUCAAAAUGUGAAUUUACAUCAUAAAUGGGCAUUAACAUUCUAAUUUGCUUGGUUUGGAGAAUGUCUGCAGCAUAGCUAUGUUCAACCAAGGAGAUGCUAAAUAUGCAGAAGUUUCAAGAGCCUUGGAACAGAAUUACAGGGGAACUAUAUGUGUAUAUGUAUGUUUUAUUUAACACCCAUCUGCACUAUCAGUAUUGCACUAAUGUGGGAUUUGAAAGACUAUAUUGCUGAGACUGUAUAUCUGCACAUCAUUCCUAUUAGAUUGGUUUAAAGACAAUCUCAAAGAUCUAAGGUUUAAAACAAUUUGGUUUGAAAAUACACAGUUGUCUUGAAGGAAUUGCUGUCACACAUAAAGUCGCUCAGAGUUCUUUAUUCUCUUCUUGGUCAAGGUUAACAAUUUCUAAAUGAUUGCAAAUUCACUUAAUACAUUUACAAAGCCAUUUUACAUGCAUUAAACGAGGGCUACAACAUGUUUUACAAAUACUAGCACUUUUUUUUCCUGUUAUGUACUUAGUGUUAGAGGGUCAAAAUAAUCUUUCUGCUUAGCAUCUCUUAAACCAUACCUGCAAGUAUAGCAGGAUUAUUACAUUUACAGUACUUUAAUACUUGUAUAAACUAUGCAGAAAUUUUUAAUAAAGUGUAAUAUAUUUUAUAAGCUAAUAAGACUGAAUGGGUAAAGGUUUUUAGCAUGCAUUAGUAUACUUGCAAAUACUGAAACAUUUUGGUAAUCUUUCUUACUAAAGAUGUGAAUGUUUAAUGUACCUUCUCUGUUUCUACUCUGUAGUCCAAUGGGAAUUCAGUAAUGACAUUUUGUCAUGUCAAACUGUGAACAUAAAUUUGUACUGUACAGUCCUCAUAUACUAUAUACAGUAUGCAAUAUAUGUAUUAUAUACUUGUUAAUAAAACCAUCAGAAUAUUAAA